ACUAGUCCAGUCCACAUUAAGAAGUCGCAUCUUUACACAAACCCGGUGGACUACCAAGUUUAUCGAACCGAACCUCUCCGCCGAAACCACACCGAGACGGGACGGGUCAGGACUAUACAUCGGCUUCAGAGUACAGCGGUGUAUGACCAUCUGCGUCUGAUGUUUACGGAUCCACCCUUCAAGUAACGGUUUGAGGACAAGCAGCUAGAAGUGCCGCAGCCACCAGUGUGUUCGACUGUCUUUGGUUUGGUCGUGGUCUUUCUCACAUUGCGGCAGCGAGAACACACUCAUACGGAAGUACUUCACCCUCCCCCCCUCCACUCCACACACUCCCUCCCUUCCCCAUUGCACUUACAAAUCCACACACUCUGCAAGGAAGAGGCAGUGCGUGCUUGUCGGGUGCUGCCGUGAGGACUUGUCCAGCCUGGAAGGGGGCGCGGACCAGCGGCGGGCCCACUCUGACCAUGCCAGUGUGGGGGGGGAGGCUGAAGCUCUGUCUGCCUCUCUGCCUCCGGAGCUACAGUCCUGUACUGCUGCUUCUGCUGCUGCUUGGAAGCUUCUUUCUUCACACGCCGGUGCAAGGCAACAUAUUGGACAGCAUGCUACUGCGAGCGUCCAGCAAGGAGGCGUCGGAGGGCGGCAAGGAGAACGGCGGAAGCACGUCCACCGCUUCCUCGUCGCAGAGACUCCUGUGGUGUCACUGCUACCACCACUGUCCUGACGACUCUACCAACAACACGUGCAGGACUGAUGGCUACUGUUUUACCAUGGUGGAGGAGGAAGGCGGCGUACCAGUCUUGAGUGCAGGUUGUCUGGGGAUGGUUGGAUCUGAGUUUCAGUGUCGAGACACUUGGAGCUCGCGUCAGAGGAGGUCACUGGAAUGCUGCACAGAUCAAGACUACUGCAAUCGAAACCUUCAUCCGACUCUGCCUCCGCUUAAACCGCCUAUCUAUGUGAAUGAAAAGAUCCACCACAUGGCCUUGUUGAUCUCAGUCACCGUCUGCAGUAUCAUCCUGGCUGUUGUUAUUGUCUUCUGCUACUUCAGGUAUAAGCGGCAGGUGUCCCGCCCUCGCUACACCAUCGGCCUGGAGCAGGAUGAGACCUUCAUUCCUCCUGGAGAGUCCCUGAAGGAUUUGAUAGAGCAGUCGCAAAGCUCUGGUUCAGGCUCAGGGCUCCCUCUGUUGGUUCAGAGGACCAUCGCCAAGCAGAUUCAGAUGGUGAAGCAGAUCGGUAAAGGCAGGUACGGCGAGGUCUGGAUGGGCCGCUGGCGAGGAGAGAAGGUGGCCGUGAAAGUUUUCUUCACCACCGAAGAGGCCAGCUGGUUCCGGGAGACCGAAAUCUAUCAGACGGUCCUGAUGAGGCAUGAGAACAUACUGGGUUUCAUUGCAGCAGACAUUAAAGGCACCGGCUCGUGGACUCAGCUCUACCUGAUCACCGACUACCACGAGAACGGCUCCCUGUACGACUACCUCAAGUCCACCACCCUGGACAGCAAGGCCAUGCUGCGACUGGCCUACUCGUCUGUGUCAGGCCUGUGCCACCUCCACACCGAGAUAUUCGGCACACAGGGCAAGCCCGCCAUCGCUCACAGAGACCUGAAGAGCAAGAACAUCUUGGUCAAGAGGAAUGGUGCCUGCUGCAUCGCCGACCUGGGACUGGCUGUCAAGUUCAUCAGCGACACCAACGAGGUGGACAUCCCCCCCAACACCAGAGUGGGCACCAAGCGCUACAUGCCUCCCGAGGUUCUGGACGAGACCCUGAACAGAAGUCACUUCCAGUCAUACAUCAUGGCCGACAUGUACAGCUUUGGACUCAUCCUGUGGGAGAUCGCUCGCCGCUGCGUGUCAGGAGGCAUCCUGGAGGAGUACCAGCUGCCCUACCACGACCUGGUCCCUACUGACCCUUCAUAUGAGGACAUGAGAGAGGUGGUCUGCAUCAAGAAGCUACGACCCUCCUUCCCUAAUCGAUGGACCAGCGAUGAGUGUCUGAGACAGAUGGGAAAGCUGAUGACCGAGUGUUGGGCUCACAACCCCGCCUCUCGCCUCACAGCUUUGCGGGUGAAAAAGACGCUGGCCAAGAUGUCCGAGUCACAGGAUAUAAAGUUGUGAGGAUGUUAUUUUCGGCUACGGACGUAAUGGAGUGCUUUCUGUGAAAGCUAACGUAGCGUGUCAAAGAAGAAGAAGAAGAAGAAGUUGUGAUUGCGAGCAUGGAGGAUGAUAUUCUUCAAAGGCCAUCAGUACCUGCAGCGUGAACCCCGACCCUUCACCCUCGACACUUGAAAUGGGCCUUUUUAGGGACAUGGACUGGCACUAUGUGACAGACACAAGGUACAAACUGUGAGGCUUUCUCGACGCUGGUUACAUUUGUGUACAAAUGUAUAACUUUGUGUAUUUUCUGUAUGUAAAACCUUAUUAAAACUAUUUGU